AUGUCUGUAUCUGUGUUAAAAGGGAUAAAAGUCUUGGAUUUUUCGCGAAUUUUGGCCGCACCCUACGCUUCUCAACUUUUAGCGGAUCAUGGAGCCACGGUUUGGAAAAUUGAACGGCCCGGUAAGUAGCUAGACUCUUUAUGGUGUGAUUGUUUAUUUUCGAACUUAAUUUGACUUUUUUCAAUAGGAGAUUUCGAAAAAAUUGGGAAAAACUUUUUAUCGCACUGUGCGUUUUUUGUUUUCCUCUCGCACCGUGCGAUUUCAUUUUUCCCUUUCUUGCAAAGAAAAAGAAGAGGGCGAGAGAGCGCGCUCAUAUAGUCGAGUGGUUAGUGAGUCGGCUCGCGGAUUGGAAGGUCGCGGGUUCGACGUCGAUGAUGAUUUUGACACGACGGUCUUCUUAGGCAUGAUGCAGAUAAACAAUGUGUCACUGAGACUUUUCGUCGUUUCAUUUUUUGACUGUUUUAGAUUUGUAAAAUACGCACCUCCCUUAUUUUGUUGGAAAUUUUUGGGAGAAUUUUACCCAUUUUUUCAGUCUCCGGCGAUGAAGUUCGUCGUUGGGCGCCUCCUCAGGUCAACGGGCAGAGUUGUUAUUUCGUGACGGUAAACCGAAGUAAAAAGUCUAUCGCUUUGGAUUUGGGCAAGAAAGAGGGCCUGGAAAUUGCGAGAAAGUUGGCGACAAAAUCGGAUGUGCUUUUGGAGAACUUCAAAACUGGCCAGAUGAAAAAGUUUAGUUUGGAUUAUGAAACCCUCUCGAAAUUGAACUCAAAACUUAUUUAUUGCUCCGUGACUGGUAAGAAGCUUCUUUUUUGUUCGUCGAUUUUCAGGUUACGGCUCAACGGGACCUUACGCCAACGAUCCCGGGUUUGAUGUAAUCGCCGAGGCCGUUGGUGGAUUUAUGAGUAUUACUGGGCCGAGAAAUGGUGAGCCAUGCAAGGUAAAGCCUUAAAACUUGUUUUUCGACCAUUUUUUAUAAAUUUUUAUAGAAUUUUUUGAAAAAUGAAUUUCCCGCCAAAUUUGGCAUUGUGUUGCAAGGGGUUUAAGAGUUUUUAAAAAAGUAUGUAAUUGUGAUUUUUGGGGCAUAUGACUUCUUCGGUGACGAGUUUACUAAAAUUUUUCCAAUUUUGAGAUGAUGAUUUUGGGUCUCACCACGAAAAUUUGAGGAUUUCCAAAAACCUUCAAAAUGACUAAAAUUUGUUUUUAUUCACGUUUCUAAACUCAAGGAUUUUUAUGAACUUCUUUAAAUUACUUUACAACUGCAGAAAACAUUCGAUUUUGGGUCCCACCACGAAAACUUGAAAAACCUCAAAACGUCUCCAAACCGGCUUCAAAUGAAAUUUCCAGGCUGGAGUGGCUGUGAUCGACCUGUUAACCGGUAUGCAUGCGUAUUCUGGAAUUCUAAUGGCACUUUUGAAUCGUCAGCAGACCGGUCAAGGCCAACGAGUUGAAUGCAACCUGCUGGCCACUCAAAUGGCAACGCUCGCCAACAUCGCCUCGAAUUAUUUGAACGCUGGUGUGCUUGGCAAAGCGUGGGGAACCGAACACGAGAGUAUUGUGCCGUAUCAAGCGUUCCGAACGAAGGAUGACAGAUAUUAUGUGGUUGGAGCGGCGGAUAACAAGGCUUUCAAGGAGGUAAAUGGGAUAUAUGUGGAAUAGAAGGGUCGAAAAUUCUUGAGAUUAGCCUGUAUCUUGUCUAUGGACACUUUUGAGAUCAAAAAACUGAGUUUGAGAUUUUUUGGGUCCCACAGCGAAAACAUUUUCUCCAAUCUUUUUCAAAUACAAAUGUAUAGUGAUUCAGAGCAAAAUUAGUGCCUAGCUAGGCUUGUUUAGGCUCAAAAAUCCCAUCUUGGUUUUCAAUUUUGGGUCCCACCACGAAAACAACUCAUUUUACAAAAUUGAUUUUAGACCCUUGGGAAUAACUUGGACAUGCAAAAUUAAUGUCCAUGACGAUGUUAGGACUCAAAAAAUGUGCUUUUGGUUUUCAAUUUUGGGUCCCACCACGAAAACAACUCAUUUUUCAAAAGUGAUUUUAAACCCUCGGGAAUCACUUGGACAUGCAAAAUUAGUGCCUAGAAAAAUGUUUGGGCCUAAAAAAUCCCAUCUUGAUUUUCAAUUUUGGGUCCCACCACGAAAACACCUUAAUUUUCAAAAAGUGUUUUUAUUGCCUUGGGAAUGCCUUGAACAUGCAAAAUAAGUGCCUAGAGCAAUGUUAAAGCUCAAAAAAUCUCAUUUCGGUUUCAAUCUUGGGUACCACCACGAAAACACCCCGAUUUUUAAAAUUGAUUUUGAGGCCUCCGGAAUGACUUGGACGAUUGAUCUUUUUACUUUUUAGUGAUUAAAAAUUGUUUUUACACCCGUAUUUUAGCUGGUUUCCCUUUUGGAACUCCCCGAAUUGGCCGAUGAUCCGGAUUAUGAAACCAACCCGAAACGAGUGGAAAAUCGAGAGAAAUUACUGAAAAUUAUCGGUGAUCGGUAAGGAUUCCGUAUUUUACAAAAAAAAUUUUUUAUGUUUUGUUCUUUGCACCGUGCGAAAUCACGUACUUGAAGUAAAUUGCGCUGCACUGUGCAGAUUUCCGGAUUUUGCACAGUGCAAUGGAAAAAUUUUUGCACAGUGCAAUUGUUACAUCCAAGUUUGGCGAAAUGUUUUCGCACAGUGCAGUGAGUUUUCUUGAUUUGUCGCUUCUGCACUGUGCAAAACACUUUUUUUCAAUCUGCACAGUGCACUCUCUCUCCCCGAUUUUGUCAAAACAAUUCCGCACAGUGCAGUGAUUUUACUUGAUUUGUCGCCACUGCACUGUGCAAAGAAAUUUGUCGCUGCUGCACUGUGCAAAGCACUUUUUUCAAUCUGCACUGUGCAUGAAUUUUUUUCAUUUUUGCAUCGCCACUGCACUGUGCAAGACACUUCUUUUCAAUUUGCACUGUGCAAGAAUUUUUUGUGAGUUUGCACGGUGCAGUCGAAAAUAUUUUUUUCGCACUGUGCGAAAAUAAAAAAAUUGUUUUUUUUUUAUUUCAACCCCCAAAAAACCGUUUCAGGUUUGCCUCCAAGCCCUUGGAAUAUUGGCGAAAACACCUGCGAAGUCGGCACUUCCCGUCAGGGCCUGUGAAUAAUGUCCACGAAGCUUUCGAAUUCGAACAAACCAAACAUUUACAGCUUGUUCAGCCCGUAGAGCAUCCGGUUUAUGGGGAAGUGAAGACCGUCGGCAACACAACGGUCUAUAAUACGAUUCACAACGGGCCAAGAUCAGCUCCUCCGUUGUUGGGCGAGCAUACGAAGGAUAUUUUACAAGAGGAAUUGGAAAUUGGCGAUAAAACGCUGGAAGAACUGCAAGAUAAGGGUGUUAUAGGAUGGUAA